UCUCGAAAUGUCCUUUAUUUCGAUCGCACCACCGUGUACAUGUGAUGAGAUAAGCAAUAAUUGAUCGGAAUGACCUUGUCGAGAAUAAACUCAUUUGCUCGAUUUGCUGUUCGGUACAUGCGGUCGUCGUUCAUGAAGCGUGUUUCCAAAGUGAAGAUAUCAACUUAGAUCCGACAACUGCCGUCUUCUUCUCAUGUUACAAUUCUGCAGUCGGGAUCCACACGUAAUUUGAAAUGGCUCGAGUCAACAAGUCUCCGUGACUUUGUUCGUUCCAAGUAAUUAUUUAAUAAAACCAAAAAAAACAAUGUUCUAUUGGACUGUGGUGGCAUCAUUGGGCAAGAAAUUUUCAUCCACGCCUCAAGUGGUAUUCAGUGGAUUCAGCAGUACAUUCAGUAAUUAUUUGCUGUCUCAACUGGUCCUGGCCGGGGGAAAUGGGGGUAGACAAAGCACAACGGUUGACGACGGUCAACGAGCCUUACCCGAAUGGGAAUUUGCUGAGAUCAUAUAUUUAGGAGCAGCAAUUUAACCGGCAUUGGAAGCACUAGCAAGUAAGCAAGCAAGCAAACCAUGCGGUGUCUUAUGUCCGAACGAGAAACCUUCUCCGAACUCGAAGCAACGUUUCAGGCAAUCGAUCCCAACACGCAAAGACUACCCGACUCUCGCACACCUGGGGAAAAGAAGAACCCGAAACAGUUUACCUUGUAGUUUUUCGGUUUGCUUUUUCGUAUUCUUCCGUUUGUCGAUUUUCAAGUCUAAUGGAACUACUCCUUGUGUGCGCUGCUAACUCUCCUGCGGCCGCAGCACGGCAGUAGAGCGUACUUGCGCCGGUGAACAGAAACCAACGAAACCAAAAAAAAAAUUGUGCUGAUUCGGAGUUGAGCAGCGCGAGCAAGCGGUUAGAACGCCGCGAACCCGACCGGCUGAUUCGGUGCAGGGUUUUUUUUUCUUUUCUUCCUUUGGCAGGCACCACACAUCGAUCGGACGCUCCUCCGGCUCAGAGCAUUAUUUUUCGAUAUAAUUUAAUUGAAGUAUUUUUUCCAUCUACCAUAACAUGUGUGUGUCCCUCCCGCAUACUUUUUGCCUAUUUUUUUCCGAGGGUUUCUUUUGUUUGUCUGUCCCGAGCCCGGAGAAGAUAGAGUGCCGAGUGGAUCAAGCGGCGAGUGUACGUGUGUGUGUGUGUGUGUGCGUAUGUGCGAACGAAUCCCAUGGAAUCGAACUUGAAUCGUGCAGCGAACCGACGACGGCGGUGGUGCUUCCCGGCUGUAUUUCCCAAGUGAUUCUAAGAAAGCAAAUGAGAAAACGAAAAGUAAUAGUAAUCAUAAAAAAUAAAACCACGAGCCCCAGAGGGCGAGGAGACACCUCACGGAUGAAUGAAUGAAUGUGUCAGUGCGCCGAGUGACGCUCGCCUAUAUUUGGAAGCGAGAGUUUUUUUGUUCUUCCGUGGGCAGAAAACGAAUGACGAAGGCAGUGUGUUAUCCUUCCGUUUGGUGCAAAGUGAUCCAAUCCCUGCGCGAAGAAAAAGAACCGAUGUGAGUCACCGUGAGAAAGUGAAAAAUUGAAUAGCAAUAUAUUGGCCAAUAUCAAAGUGAAGUGAGGUGAAAAUGGAAUUCUACAAUCCAUCGUCCAGCGGAGAAGGCGGAAGCAGUGGCGAAGGAAUACCACCGCUCGGCGGCGGCGGAAAUACACCGAUUUCCGGCGCUAACGACGACAGUCCGUCGUCCGCUUCGCCGGAACAGUCGAAGGAGAAGAAAAAGCAAGCCGCAUCGGCCAGUGUCCGGCGGGAGUUGUCCGUCACCGGGCAGUCGGAAUAUCUGAAUCUGCUGCUGGAUGAGUUCCUGUCUCCGGAGCGACUGAUUGCCGACAGUUUCAGCAUAGAAUGGUGCAAGUGGCUAAUCGCCGGCGGUCGAACACCCGAGGAGUUCGCAUCGAUCGUGCGCGGCUACGACAACCACGCCAAGUGCGGUCUAGUCUGGAUCCCACACGUGGUGGCAUACCGGUGCCGGACGUGCGGCAUCUCGCCCUGUAUGUCCAUCUGUCGGGAUUGCUUCAAGCGGGGCAAUCACACCGAUCACGAUUUCAACAUGUUCCUUUCGUUGGCCGGCGGUGCGUGCGACUGUGGCGAUACUUCGGUCAUGAAGGCCGAAGGUUUCUGCAGCGAUCACGGUAUCAACAAUCGACAGAACAAGGUUCCGGUGCCGGACGAUCUGAUGGUGGUAGCGGAAGCCAUGAUGCCUCGGUUGCUGUUGCGACUGUUGCUGCACUUCCGCAAUCACAGCGCCAAGAUUCACAAUUCGGCCGUGUACAGUCGAACGGCCAAGUACUGCGAUGACUACUGCAGCAUGCUGAUGGAGUUCAACAACAUGGGCGAACUGAUGCGACGGGUCAUGACCAAAGCACUGAUCGACGAGGAAACCUACCGGAAGCUGGUCGAACCCCCGUUCCCGUCCAAUCAGUAUGGCAGUUUUCUCGAGCAAAGCCGGCGGAAGUAUGAGGAUGCGGUACGUUUGUUCCCAUCACCGGAACCACCCGACGAGUAUCGGCAUUUGCCCGCGCUGGGGGAAACGAUUGUACACAAGACUCUACUGGAAGAGUUUAUAUUUUGGACGUUCAAGUACGAGUUCCCGCAGAAUAUCGUGUGCUUCCUGUUAAACAUGCUGCCGGAUCAAGACUAUAAGGAACAUCUCACGCGAACAUUUGUGAUGCACUACUGUAGGAUACCGAGCGUGCUGGAGAUGUCCAAUGAUCCGGACACACUCAGCAACCGGGUGGUCCACAUGAGCGUUCAGUUGUUCUCGAACGAAAGCCUCGCUCUGAAGAUGGUCGAAGAACUAAGUUUACUGCACGUCAUGAUCAUCAGUAUGCGGCAGAUGAUGUCGAAAAUUCUUACACCAAACACGCUUCACGAUCCAGACAAAAACUUCCACUACGUGGUGGACUGCGCCAAACGGGUGAUGAAGGAUCACUGCUACUGGCCGCUGGCAUCCGAUUUCAACAACGUCCUAUCGCACGAAUCGGUGGCACUUGUGUUCCUGAAGGACGACAAUCUGAUCGACAUGUGGUUCCAGUUUCUGUCGAUGUUGCAAGGCAUGAACGUGAAUAUCCGGGAAACGGGAAGCCACGUCGAGAUUGAACCGAACCUCUACACGGCCGCGUUUAGCUGUGAGCUCGAAGCUAGUGCCUACCCGAUGUGGUCCAUCAUUUCACACCUGAAAGAUCCCUCGCAUGCACCGUUGGCGAAAAAAUUUAUGCUCUUCUGUGUAAACUACCUGCAGGACUGGUUGGAUGCGGUUAACUUCUAUCUACAUCCUAAAUUCGAUAAGGACGAACUGUAUCGGGCAUCGUUUCACUUUCCGCUGCAUCGGUACCUGGCGGCAUUUAUCUGCCAGGGUGUCAAACGGAUGGGUAUGUCACUGAGUGAUAUCCUGCCAUCCGCCGAUCUGCUACCGAUGCUGAUGAUGCACCCACUGCGGGUACAGAGCCUCUUCUACGAGAUCCUAUCCGGGAUCUGGGUGCGCAACGGGCUCCAGAUGAAGGGUCAAGCGAUGACCUACCUACAGGCGAACUUCUGCAACUCCAUGGUCGACAUGGAUCUGUUCUUCCUGCAGAUCUGUGCCACGCAGCUACCGGCCAAUCUGUUCCUGAACGAUUGCAUUUCGAUCUUCGGUGUUUCGGAGUGGCUCGGCAUGGGCGUUCUGAGUGCACCGCAGGAAAUGGGCCAGGACUCGAUGCUGGAGGGGUUGCUGACGUUUCUGGCGACGCUGAUCACGUCCCGGGUUAAUCUCGGUAACGACGAGAAGACGCAGUGUAUCAUCGAAAUCAGUGCCCUGCUGGCGACCGGCGACAAAACGCACAGUCAACUGCUGGAACUGAUGCCGGAGCGAAGUCUGAAUGCACACACGAGAAAUUUCGAAAAGUUUUUGAAGGAACUGUCGGUGUACCGGCCACCACCGGUGGGAUCGGAAAAUUUGGAACAGGGUUUGUUUAUGCCGGUCGAGGAAGUUUGGGAGCGGUACUACGAUCCGCUGCAUGUGCUGCUGAGGGCAGUUCACAGACGAGAUUUCCAGAAUUCGAUGGAUCGGUUCGGCGGUUACGUUAAGGGGGUGGGAAAAAUGCCGAAAAGUAGAAGUCUUUGGCCCCCGUUCCGACUGCCGAGUUCGUGCGGGAAGGUUUACAGCGAUCCGGCCAGUGUGCUGAGUUCGCGGGUGCUACACGCGAUGUUGUUGGCCAUCUUCUACCGGGCCGUUCACACGCACAGUGUUUCGGAACAUAUGCUAGCUUUGGCGGUGUUUUUACUGGAGAUGGCUGUGUGUAACUGUGAAACCAAUCGUGACAGCGGAGGUGAGCUGGAAUGUCGUGGUUCGGGAAUGGGAAACAGAAGACGUACUUCGGAGGAAAAUCGAGAAACCGUUCCGGAAUUGCUGAACUGUUAUCCCAGUAAUUGUUUGAGUGAAAAUUUGAAAAUGACGAUCAAGAGGAUAUCGUUACUACCGGGAGAACCCCAGGUUCUGCCGGCGAACUAUCAGAAUCAAAGUACGGACACUCCCACGUUCGACAGCGACGUAGAAUGGGAACUGUCGGAAAGUGAGACGCUUCCGAUGUUGGUCGGAAGCGUUGACAAUGAAUACGAACAGCAUCUGAACAGUGGCGGUGAGGUGGCAAUACCGCAGGACUUGUCGGUGGUUCGUGGAAAUUCGCUGGUAAGACGAAUGGACGACGACGAUGACGAAGAUAUGGAUCGGAUGAUUGUGGACGAUAGAAUUCCAUCGCUUCCACCGAUAAGUCAACGACCUGCCCUGACACUGGCGGAGUACCAUAACAACAACAAUAAUAACAAUGAUAACACUACCACUAUGGCUAUCAGUGCUGGCGGACGGCUACCGCUUCCGGCACCACCGUCUCCGGGUGGCACCGUGAUGCUUCCUCGCGUCGCCAGUGAAAUCUACAACGAAACCAGCAUGGAACUGGUGAUACGCCAUGAUUUCCCCUUAGUUCCUACCCAAAACUCGGCUGUGAAUGAGACCACGCGGACGACCACUCCGGAUAUGACGAUGUUUUCGUCCUCGGUGCCAGCGAACGCCGGUCUCAUGCUUCCCUUCAAUCGUGUUCAACCGGUUGCAGUUCCUAGAAGACCUCAGUUGCCGGCACCGGUCAAUACAACGACCACGGUAGCCAAUACGGGGGGUGCCGCAUCAACUGCUGCAGGUCGAGCCAACUUCCAGCUGGUGCAUCAAAUACCGACCGGUCGACUGCGGCACAAACGUCGUAAUAUUGAAGCUCUCGAAGAAAAUGCUCACGAACCGGACACGGUCCGUAUCGAGGAAAGUAUUCUGUCGUUGCUGUUAAAGUUACACUCCCAGUUGAGCGGAGCCCUGGACAGUUUCUCCCUAGAGGAUGACCCCCCCGAGGACGAAGACGACGUCGUAAUGGAACAGGAUGACGAAUCUAGCUCUUCUUCUAGUCACCAACAUCGUCAACAACAGCAGCAACAGCAACAACGCAUCAAAGUAUCCGAGUCACGAAUUGGCGACGGUCCGUACUUCAUUGGCAAUUUGCUGCGAAGAAUUGCCCGGCUGGAUGAGAGUUGUGCUCGCCGGAUCGACGAAAUACGACAUGCGCUGUGGCCCAACCAAAGAGAACGCCAGGCAGAGCAGAAAGCACGGGAGGCUAAGGAACGGGAAGAGCGCAGCAAGCGGGCCAAGGAACGACAGAAGAAGCUGAUGGAAGAGUUUGCUAGCCGACAGAAAGCCUUCAUGGAACAGGCGGCUGCGAACAUGGACUGCUUCGAAGGGGACGAAGAGGAUGAGGAGGAAAUGAUUGAAAUGCCACGGGAAAAAGAAUACGACUGUAUUAUCUGUAACACAACGGAACCGAGCACGGAGACGAAACCAAUCGGGUUGGUGGUGUUGGUCGAGUCCAGCAGUAUUGUCGGUCAUCGGCGGAAGGAAAGUGACCGGUGUCCGUUGCCGGUGAACGACGACGAUAAGGAGCGGUUGAAGCGAAACGUGAAGAUGUCUUCCGAAUUCAACGAGCGAGUGGAUCUGUUGCAGCAGCAGUUCGGACCGACGGCUUGGUAUCAAUCGCAUAACAUCGGUUGGGAGGGAGGCGUUCACGUGCAGUCCUGCGGUCAUCACGUGCAUUUGGCCUGCCAGGAUUUAUAUCUUAAAUCGUUGCACACUUCGCCACGACCGCAAAAUCUCGACGUAGAACGGGGUGAAUUUUUCUGUCCAUACUGCGGACAGUUGGCUAACUCUGUCCUACCGCUGAGUCCUUCGCUGGAACGUUCGAUCCUCGCCACUCGAGCACCCUCGCCUCCGUUUGCCACUCUAGUCAACGAAAUGAUGAAUUUGAUCCGGGAAAACAAGCGCCCUCCGACGACCACCAAGUUCUACGAAGCCAUGGAAAACAUGAUCAGCUGUACGCAGCGGAACAUCAAACGACACCCGGACAUCCCUCAGAGUGCCUUCGUGGUCUCGAUCGCCCGAAUCAAUCUGGAAUCGGAAGUAAUCCAACGGGGAGGUACGCUCUGUACGCAGAAAGAUAUCCGCUACAAACCGAAGCGAGAUUGUAUCGUUCCGCUGCUGCACGUUUUGGCACUGCACAUCCACCGUCGAAUGAGUGACGAUUCACCGGUUCGGUUCAAGCUGGACGACGAGUGGACGGCAUGGCGACUGUGGGAGAGGCUUACUGGUUUGUUCGAUCUGAACACGUUGAGGACCACCCCGGCCCCAUCGUCGAGUACGGCCGAUACUCAACCGGCGCUGUCGGAUUUGAUCCCAGUCCUGCUGAGUGAUCCAUGCGCAAUGAUGUUGAAAUUUAUCCUGCUAGCACCGCUACAUCUGGAGCAAGCUUACUUCACCUGUAUCGUGAAAGUGAUGUACAACCUGUUGUACUACCAAAUCAGCCUUCAACUGUGCGCCCAGCUAACGGAGGACGAGUGCGACCAGCUGCUGGAGAAGUAUGCCUCGGUGCCGAUGGUGUACGAAAAAGGAGUGCCGAAUGUUGGUGCCGCGAUGGUUUUGCUCCUCAGUAAUCGCGAUCGCUGUCGCAGUAUUCGGCUUACCGUGGACAAACCAUCGGCGAAUGUCGGUGGAGGAACCCCGAACGGAGCUACUGCGGUGGUACCUCCCCAGCAACGAGUGAUCGAUCUGGACCGCUGGGAAAAGGAUCUUCAGAGGAUGUGUUUGCCGUUUCUGCGGGUAGCCGCCCUCCUCCGGCAUCACAUCUAUCAUUCCGAAAUACCGGAAAUCCCCGGACCGCACUGGGAAUUUAGCCGACUGGUUUACUACCUGGAACUGGUCACCGUCAGUAUGGAUCUGGAUAAGUUCAACGCUAGUAAGGCGCUUUGUUUUAUCCCUGGAGCGGAGCUCGAACUACCGAAAUAUUGGUGCGAACAGCUGCGGUUGUCUCAGCAGCCCUCCUGCGAAUCGACCCGGUCACUGAUUUUGACUCAGUACAUGGAGUGGCAGCAACCGAAGCUGCUUCGUUUACCACGGGAGUAUGAGCGUUUGUUUACGUACUACCAUGAGCAACCGUGCCUCAAAUGCCAGAACGUACCGAAGGAAAGCUCAAUCUGUUUACUGUGUGGAACGAUCGUUUGUUUGAAGCAGGCAUGCUGCAAGGAACAGGACUGCUGUGAAGCCGUAAGGCAUUCCAUCAUCUGCGGUGGAGGUACGGGCAUAUUUCUGAUGGUGACAUCGACUUACAUCAUCAUCAUCCGAGGCCGUCGAGCCUGUCUGUGGGGCUCACUGUAUUUGGACGACUAUGACGAGGAGGAUCGUGAUUUGAAACGCGGCAAACCACUCUACCUAAGUGAGGAUCGUUUCAAUCUGCUCGAAUCGCAGUGGGUAUCGCAUCGAUUCGCCCACACGAAGCACACCUGGGUGUGGCAUCGAGAUUCUCUGUAGAAAACAAUAGGCAAUUAGAUGACCGAAUCAGCGAUGAGGAUGACCGGUACGUGUAAAUGUUUGUGUAUGAUUUUUGUUACGCGCUAUCGAAAGCGAUUUGACGUAAAACUAGGACGCGACGGGUGGGAUGGUACUGGGCGAGAACUAAGGUGUAAUGAAACCGUUAUUUUACCAGCUAAGGCUAAAAUACAUUCAAUCUAUAAAUAUACAAAUAGUAUAACAUAUAUUUCUUGCUUUGUGAUAUUGUGUAGUUAUUGUUGUAAUGUGGAAUGUCCUCACUCAAGUAAACUUUUCAAAGUAUCUAGAAUCAAAUCUCACUUCCUAGUUGUAGCUAUUAUUAUUAUUAUUAAUCUUAUUAUUAUUAUUAUCUAUAAUAGACCAUAGUGGAAUUGUAAAUGGAACUAAGUUUUCCGACUCUGAUAUAAACAAAAAAAAAUUUCGAGAAAUGAUGGUUCGUUUCGGACGGUCGGUCGGUCGGUCGGUCGGUCGGUCGGUCGGUCGGUCGGUCGGUCGGUCGAAGCGAUGUUUGCUCAAAUCAAAAAUCGAAUUGUGGUAAGCCACUUCCCAGGGAUGGCCUUAGAAAGCACAGACUUUGUAUAGGAUUAUUAUGCUGAUAUCUAAAUAAGUAGGAACGAACAAUUGAAGCAAAAAACUGACUCUAUAGGAUCUAACAAAUUAAUAGCGCCCAGUUUUUCCGCGUGAAUAACAACCCCCACUGCGCACCUGUGACGUCUGUGUUUUGGUCGCGGUAACUGGGCCGACGAGAGCAAGUGAGAAUAUUGUAAGCGUUGAACGUUUUUUUGGUCCUGUUUUCUCCAUAACAUUACGAUUAUUACAUUAGUUAUUCGAUUUGUUACUAAUGCUUAGAAUACCGCACUAGGAGGUCCUGUUUGAAAUAGUUCUUAUCACACAGACACACACACACACACACACACACACACACACACACACACACACACACACACACACACACACACACACACACACACACACACACACACACACACACACACACACACACACACACACACACACACACACGUUUCUCUCGAAUACUUAGUCGUCGCAACGGAACGCCCCUCGAAUCGUGUUGUCCCGAAUGCAGACAUGAAUUUCAGCAGCGAAUGUGUGAGCGAACCGGGCGAAGCGUGAUAUAUAGAUAGCACACGAACAGAACGAAAACACUCAAGUUACGAUUAUAUGGAACAAUAAAACCAAUAAUUAUUGUAUGAUGAUGAA